GCUAUAGCAUGGCAUUUCUAAUUUUAUUUUAUUUUUGGAAAUUUUGAAUCCAGUUGGACGAUUUGCUGAAACAGACUACUAACAGAAUGAUGAAGAAGUCCAUUGAUAGAAAAAUAGAAUGGAGUUUCAUAGACGAGGGAAUAAGCAAGGUAUAUAAGAUUCUCGAUGGUGAAUACGAAAACCCAUUCACUCCAGUAGAAUAUAGUAAUCUCUAUACAAAAGUUUACGAUCUUUGCACCCAGAAAGCUCCGUUCGACCAUACACCUCAAGUCUACGACAAAUACAAGGAAGCAUUCGUCGAAUACAUUAAGUCGACAGUAUUACCGUCAUUGAAAGAGAAACAUGGCAUGUUCAUGUUGAGAGAUCUUGUGAGAAGGUGGAGCGAUCACAAAGUUCUAAUCAAAUGGCUUUCACGUAUCUUUAGUUAUCUUGAACGAUAUUACAUUCCACGGCAUAAUAAGCCCGAAUUUUAUGAAGCAGGUGUCACAUGCUUCCGUGAUUUGGUCCACAAUGAGCUAAAGGGUAGAGUUAAAGAUGAACUGCUUGUUUUGAUUGAUCGAGAGCGUGAAGGAGAGCAGAUCGAUCGGUCAUUAAUAAAGAAGGUUGUGGAUGUCUUCGUAGAAGCUGGGAAGGGUGGAAAUAUGGAAUUAUAUGAAGAUGACUUAGAGGCACACAUGCUUGAUAGUUCAGCUAAUUACUAUGCCCAACAGGCUUCAGAGCAUAUUAAUGCAGAUUCCUGCCCGCAAUACAUGUUGAUGGUUGAGAAGUACUUUAAAAGAGAGAAAGAUAUGGCCUCCUGUUGCUUACCUUCAAGUAGUGAGCCGAAGCUGUUGGAGAGAGUGCAAGAUGAGAUGCUAUUCAAAUAUAUGAACCAACUGCUUGAAAAGGAACAUACAGGAUUGCGUGCAUUGCUCCGAGAUGAUGAGGUGGAUCAUCUUUCAAGGGUGUAUAGGCUCUUUUCUAAGAUAGAUGAAGGCCUCAAGCUGGUGUCUGAGAUGUAUAAAAAGCAUGUAACUGAAGAAGGUCUAGCCUUGGUCAAAUCUGCAGAUGAUGCAAUAAGCGAAAAGGCAGAGAAAAAAGACAAAGUCGGAUCGCAGGAUCAGUUUUUUGUAAGAAACCUUAUUGCACUUCACGACAGGUACAUGGGCUAUGUGAAAAACAAUUUUAUGAGCCAUUCACUCUUCCACAAGGCACUCAAAGAAGCUUUUGAAGUCUUUUGCAAUAAGGAUGCUGGGAGCAUGACUGCUCCAGAAUUACUAUCGACUUUUGUUGACAAUAUCCUUAAGAAGGGUGGUGGAGGUGAGAAGCUAAGUGACGAUGCUAUUGAUGAGAUGCUUGACAAGGUUGUGGGAUUGCUUUUCUAUAUCCACAACAAAGAUCUCUUUGCUGAGUUCUGCAGGAAAAAGCUUGUUCGUAGGCUGCUGUCAGAUAGGAGCUCGAGUGUUGACCACGAACGAAGCCUUUUAACUAAGCUAAAGCAACAGUGGGGUGGCCAAUUUACGUCGAAGAUGAAAGGAAUGGUCACGGAUUUGACAUUAGCAAGGGAGAAUCAACAGAAUUUUGAGAGUUACCUUCAGGAGAACCCACAGGAAAAUGCAGGGAUCAACUUGACCGUCACCGUGCUAACUACUGGAUUCUGGCCCAGUUACAAGCCAUCUGAUCUCAACCUUCCAUCAGAGAUGAUACAUGGUGUUGAGGUUUUCAAGAAGUACUUUGAAACCAAAACACCGAAAAGAAAGUUGAUGUGGAUCUCCUCGAUGGGUACUUGCAUCUUAACCGGCAGGUUCAAUAGGAAUCCAAUUGAUCUAGUUGUAACUACAUAUCAGGCUGCAAUUCUGUUACUCUUCAAUGCUUCAGAAAAAUUAAGUUACCAAGAGAUUAUGUUACAGCUAAAUCUGACAGACGAUGAUGUGACUAGGUUGCUGCAUUCACUGUCAUGCUCGAAAUACAAAAUUCUAAACAAAGAGCCGAAUAAUAAAACUCUCUCCAAAAAUGACACCUUUGAAUUCAAUUCCACGUUUACUGACAAGAUGAGGAGGAUCAAGGUUCCUCCCCCUCCUACGGAUGAGAAGCAGAAGGUGAUGGAAGAUGUCGACAAAGAUCGGCGAUAUACGAUUGAUGCAGCAGUUGUUCGUAUCAUGAAGACCAGAAAAGCCUUGAACUUUCAGCAGCUCGUGAUAGAAUGUGUGCAACAACUCAGCCAUAUGUUCAAGCCCGAUCCUAAGUUGAUUAAGAAGCAGAUAGAAGAUCUUAUACAGAGGAAUUUCUUGGAGAGGGAUCAAGAGAAUGGCAACAUGAUCAAAUACAUUGCUUGAUAAGCUUCCAAGCAUGGCCUAUGUUAUUUGGGCACUCCAAAAUGGGUGCUACAUACAAAAAUAGUGAUUGUAUACUGCAAAGUACACGGAGGACUGAUGAGUUAUUCAAGUUCCAGUAAUCCCAAUGCCUGGUUACUGUAAUUGCUAGCAGUUGUAAUUUCUUUCUUUGGCAUUUUUAUUUAUUUAUUUAUUUUUUUGAGGGUUCUUUGGCAUAGGUAUUGUGAUUCCUAGAAACUAUAAUGCCUAUGUUUGGUUGGGUUACAAGUUGGAAAGCAUUUUAUUAUUUUAAUUUUUUUUAAACGAUCAGCAUUUUAUUGAGAAAGGCCAAAGGUCAAAGAAUAGAGAGAAAUCAUUUUUAGUUUACUAAUUUAAGAAUUGUUCAAGUUAAAUGAAAAAGUGUGGCCCAUUCUAUAAUCUAAUCAGCUAUAACUCUCAAAUAUAAAUUGUGUACCAUCCAAUCGAAUUGAUGAGGGGAUGUUUUUGCUGCCCAAGUAAGAAACAUGUGCACAUGGGUGAUCCACAAUG